AGCUGCAGAUAGUGGAACCGACUCCAAAGCUGGCACCAUUGUCCAUGAGGCUUCUCAUUUCACCAAAAACGGUGGUACAGACGAUAUCCGAUAUGGCCAGAGGGAUUGCCGCGAGCUUGCCAGCAGUGAUCCCGAUACUGCGAUCAAGAAUGCGGAUAGUCACGAGUUCUUUGCCGAAAACACGCCCGCUGAGGCCUAA